AUGAGGAAACCGCUACACGUUGCAGACGCUCGAAUAUGCUUAGCUGACACCUGCGAACAAGCAACAUUUACCACUAUGUACAGCAAUCCACGACAAACGUUCGUGGACAUACCUAACCCCUGCAAUAAAAGUGCCAGACAUAUUUCGCCAACAGCCAAUAUUUAUCAUACGAUUCCUACGUCGCGAGACAAACAAUUAUCUUGUCUUAUAGCAAAUAACUAUACAAUGACGAACAAUAAUCAUUCCAUUGAUAAUUUAGAACAAGUUCACGAAUUGACUGACUUAGAUAGAUGUAGGAUAGAUAAAGAAAAAAAUGAAUGCCAGUAUGACCCGGAAAGACGAUGCUCUGUUCCAGGAGCUUUCGAACGAUGCGUAAUGCAUAACAAAGAGCAUGUAUACGAAAAGGAAUCGAUUAGAAAGAGGGUUGAUGUUGACGAAUACAGUGGUAGAAGGCACGCCGCCAAUUUGAAAUUUAAAUAUACUCAAGAUUGGGUGGUACUGUGGAUGGAAGCGAUCGGGAGGAUAAUGGACGUCCUCGUGCGUUCGUUAGCCUUUAUGAUACUGAUUUUGUAUGUCAUGUUAGCAACUUGUGCCGCGGCGCCGACGAAUUUUCGACCCACGCGCAGCGCUCAUCAUGAGAAAUCUGCGUUCUGUAACGAAAUAGAUGAUUCUACUACUGAUGAACCUGAAAAUUUAUUUAUAUUAUAA